AUGGUUACAACACGAAUUGAACAAGUGGCUAAGCAUCUUCAACACCAUAGUGAUCCUUAUUCUCUUAGCUUUCUAACGUCCAAAAAGAGUUGGAAAUUAUUGGAGAAGAAGGUAUUUCGAGGAGAGAGUUGUCCCCCGGAUCUACUGGAAGCAGGGUUACAAGUUGCCCAACAUUGCAAGGGAUUGCCUAUUGUGGUUGUCCUGAUUGCGGGAAUUAUUGCAAAAAUGGGAAGGGAGGCGUCCUUGUGGCUUGAGGUUGCAAAUGACUUAAGUUCUCCUGCUUUCGAAGAGCAGAGUAUUAAGGUAAUACAAUCAAGUUAUGACCAGUUAGAAGACCACUUAAAACCUUGCCUUCUUUACAUGGGAUUGUUUCCAGAAGACCAUAGGAUUCCAGUGGACGAUCUGCUGAAAUUGUGGAUGGCUGAAGAGUUUGUAUUGAAUGCCGGAACAGAGAACAUGGAGGAAGCAUGUCGAGUUUGCUUGAGUGAUUUGCAUAACAGAAGCCUAGUAAUGGUCUCCCGAAUGAGAAUUAAUCGUGAUGUAGAAUACUGCUCACCUCAUGAUGUAGUGCGUGAGUUCUGCUUGAGAAAACUCACAGAAGACAAGUAUAUGCAGCUCGCAGUGCCAUACAAUCCAUAUCAACAUUUGCAUUCCAUGGAAUCACGGUUAUGCAUUUAUAUUCAUGAUGAUCUUGUUAAACAAUUAGAUCAUUCUGAAUACCAGCUGGAUAGGAUUCCAAUGCUCGAUUUCAAGGAAACAAAUUCUUUGGAGUUCAUUGCUCAUCCAAAACUCAAUAUAUGGAACAACCUAUAUUCAAAUCCUUUAGAUUUAGUUGUUAAAUUAAGAUAUGUUCGGGCAUUGCAUUUGAUGGAUGUGGAAUUGCCAAAUUCAUGGCCUACUGCAAUGCAAUCGCUAUCUCAGUUGAGGUACCUUGCACUUUAUGUCAAACAAUUUGAUUUAAAGUGGAUAUCACACCUACACGAUCUCCAAACUCUACGGGUCCGGUCCAAUAUUUUUGAGGAUUUACACCUAAGGGCUGCUACUUUAUACGAAAUGAGGAAGUUACGGCAUGUGAAAAUAAGCCAUUUUUCCUUGGUAUGGGAAGACAAUGACGAAGGAAGUUUUGAAGAAUGUUCAACAACUAUGCUAGAGAACAUGAAGACUUUUCACACUUGCCAUAUAUUGUUGGAUAAUAGGAAUCCAAGGUUCUGGUGGAGGUUUCCAAAUCUUGAGGAGCUCAGCUUCUGCAUUAACGGUUUACCUAGUUGUUCCUUGUUUCCCUUUCUGCAAGUUCAUACUCACCUUCGUUCUCUUUUUGUGCAGUUACCUGACUAUAUUUUCUGGGAUACAUAUGGAUGGGAGAGGUAUUUUGUGUUCCCUCCAAAUCUUAGGCAUCUGUGCCUUGCUGGCUGUUUCUUGACAGAAGAAAUGAUUUUAAACAUUGCAAGAUUGAAGAAGCUUGAAACUCUCAGAUUAGAGAUGGGAUUUCGUUGGACGAGACGUGGAGGCUAUUGCUGGGACAUCACAAAUGUUGAGUUUCCUGCACUUAAAUACUUGACAUUAUUCAGUAUGCAGAUAGAUGAAUGGAAAGCCUCAGAUGAUUCCUUUCCUGUGCUUGAGGAGCUAUCUAUAGAAUCUGCUCACUACUUCAAGGAGAUCCCCCCUAGCUUUGCAACUCUAAGACUUAUUCAACUGACUAACUGCAUCGACUCUCUAGGGGUUUAA